CGCCAACGAUGGAAUGCAGAACCCACAGGAAACAGGCGACUAUUUCCGGCCGGCGGGGGCUCGCUUGAUGAUGAUACGCAGUUUGUACUGAACAAGCGGACAAACAAACACUGAAAGACUGCCAGCCGACGACGCAGAAGAAGCGUUUCGCAGUUGGAGUUUCCUGUCCACCAAGAUGUCCGCUGUCCCCUGGGCCACCCUGUUGGUCCUGGGCCUGGGCCUCACCAUCCCGCCCGUCAACGGGGCCGAUCGGGAAAUGAUCGACAGGAACUCGGACUUUUCCACGCGCUUAUUUCGGACGCUGGCGAGCCGCACCGACGACAAUGUAGUCCUGGCUACGACCGCGGUGUCGCGCGGCAUGGCGGCGCUGCUCGCAGGCACCGUCGGCACCACGCGGGACCAGCUGCAAGCGGUGCUCAGACUGGCCGGAUUGGACCCUGAAAACAUCACGGACCCGCUGUCGGUGAUGGGAGCCGGCGCCCUGAACCUGAAGCAAGGCGUGGCCUUCUUCAGCACCGCAGACACACAGGUGUCGGCUAAAUAUGCGGCCGAUCUUCAGAGCAAAUACGAGGGUGAUGUCAAGACCCUGGACAUGAGUGCGCCGCAGGACGCCGUCGACGCCGUCAACGCCUGGGUCCGCCAGCAGAUCGGCGAUCAGGCGCGGGACCAGCUGACCGCGCUGGACCCCCAGACGCGGCUGCUCCUGGCGACCGCGGCUUUCUACCGAGGUCGCUUCAGGUUGGCGUUCAACGCCAGCGUCACUCAAGACGAGCGCUUCUACGUGGACAAGUACCACGUAGUGACGGCGCCCAUGAUGUACCGAGCCGACAAGUACUUCCUGGCGUACGACCGCGCGCUUAAAACGGGCGUGCUCAAACUGCCCAUGACGGACGGGGCGGCCAUGUUGGUGGUGCUGCCCGAUGACAACGUGGACAUCGGCAGCGUGGAAGAAGAAGUCAACACGGAAAAGAUCCGCGCAUGGAUCGGGCAGCUCAAGAAGACGAAGCUGGAGGUGCAGUUGCCGCGAUUUACGUUUGAGGCUUCCUACUCUCUGGGUGACGUCCUGAAAACGCUGGGUGCCGUCCAAGUCUUCCAGGAUGACGCCGACCUCGGCAACAUGGGCGCCGCUCAGGGCUCCAAAGUGUGGCAGGUUCUUCACAAAGCCGCGGUGUCGAUGGACGAGAGUGGCGGAGGUGACGGCCCGGCCGGCGGCUUCUCCGGCCCUCAGCCUCGACUGACCGUCAACCGGCCGUUCCUCUUUGUGGUUUACCACGAGAGCAGCGGCGGCCUGCUCCUCAUGGGACGGCUUCGCGACCCCACCAAGACUUAAUGUCCUGCCCGCCCGUCAACCGCCAAGAUCCAAUACAUGCAAUCGGACAGCGUGAAAUCCUCGGGCAAAACGUCCAAUCCAUUUGAAGUUUCUCACUUUAAAUGGAUUGAACGUCUCAGAAGGACGCCUAUCGUUGUCAGUGGCACUGAAAGAGCGACCACACAAGUUAAAGUCAAGUUGCCUCCGUUCAACCUUCGCGGUUACCGAGAAAUCAGCCACUAUUUAGCCAAUGCACUACCUAAAGUAACCUGAAGGGCGGCGCCAUAUGCAUCUGUGCCAGCUUGGACAUAGUAACCACUUUAAUAGUAACGCCUACUGUAGCUGUUAUAUGUGAAGCCUUGUGCACGGUCGCUAUUGUUAAACGUUUCUGAUGUUUUGGCUCUCACUUUUUAACCUCUUCUAAAAUGUACACGAACAUGGAUGCUAACAAGUCAAUAAAGUUACAGAAGUUGAACAAGAAAAAGGUGGGCUCCACAUUUUCAAUCUGGGGGAAAAUGGCGCAUGUACAGUCUCGUUGUCCGGACUCUCCGGAUUAGAGUUGUCCGCUAAUGACUUUUUAACCGAUAUCCCAAUAUUUUCCAUUGUUUUUUGCAACACACCAAAUUCAGUAAAUGACCAAUCACUCCCUGAUCCAAGUUUCAGUCUUUUUUCAUAUUUGGCAUGUAUGAGAGGUAUCCCAGCCUGAACACGACUGCAUUGAAAUAUUACCUGUUAGUUCUGGCACCCCUUGCUGGGAAAUGGAAAUGCCCUUUUUUAUUAGACAGGCUUCUCUUCCUUUCAUUGAAGCAGAGGGGUCUAAACAGGAAAGUGAAAAUAACCGUCCCCACUUUGUCUCACCACAAAUUUAAAAAAUGUAUAACUUGGCAGAUGUACAACAUCAGUGCCUAACUUCCCAUUGAAGGAAUCUGACCUUUUAGCCAGAUUGCCAGAAUCAUGCCAGCCGAACCACCGGACCUGCGCUGGCGCAGCUCCAACAUCCCGGGCCGGCGAAACCCGACAUUCCGGCCAAAAGGCCAAACUCUGCGCGUUCACCUCAGUCGUAACCCCUUGUACUGACUCCAUUUUGAAAGCUGGAAAAAGGCUUCGAAGCACAAGUUGACCAUUUACUCAGGUCCACAGCGAUCAAAUGGCAAGGUGAAACAGACUCAGGCGAGGAGGCAGACUUGUUCCAAGGUCACCAUAUGACAAGUCAACAAAAGGUUCCCGAGAAAAAAUGACAACAAUUAGUUAAACAUUCAGUCUUUUUUAAGGCUCUCGCGGGGCGGGCUGUGGGCAGAAGAAGGGUGUGCUUGGGCGUUGUUAAGGAUUGUUGUCUGUUUGUGGAUUGGACAGGAGGAUUCGGGAGUUACUAUUGUCAGGGCAACGAGGGUUGUGGAUUUUGCCGCCACAGCAUCAACGGUGAUCUUGGAGUCUUAUUAGUAGGGUUGGGCAUCGUUUGAAAUUUAACGAUUCCGGUUCCAAUUCCGAUUCCACUUUUCGAUUCCGGUUCCGAACGAUUCCCGAUUCCGAUUCUUUUAAGAGGCAGGGUCAUACAAAAAAAAUUCAGGGCCCAAAAAAUAGCAUAGUUUAUAUUAGUCUUCACAUCUCGACGUUUUUUUUAAAUUAAAUGAACUUCCCACAGGGCUAAGUAUAACUUGUAUAUAAAUAUCAGUCUUUAAACUCGAGCAAUUUUUUCCGCUCGGUGGUCAGGGCAUCGAAACAAGGAAUCUAAAUUUUAAAAUUCGAACAAUUCCGGAGGCAGCAGAGUGUUAGAACCGGUUCCCAUCGAUGCCCGAUGCCCAACUCUACUUAUCAGUCAUGUUGGAUAUCGGGCGUUCUCCGGAGUUCCUUGUGUUGGGUCAGGACGUCCCGCAAUUUUUCUGGACUGUCCGGGAAAACUGAGUACGGUAGUUGGUGGUGCAGACGUGGACUUGUAGAUGUCUUGCCUCGUCAAUCAAUAUUGGUAAGUCCGUUGCAUGACUCACGCUUUGGGCUUCCGUGAUAAAGAAGGCGUGAAUCUCUUUAUGCCC